UUUCGCACGGGCCUACUAGUAAUGAAACAAUUUCAUAACAGCUUGCAUUAUACGAUUUGAAUGAAAAUCUUGGAUCCACCACAAAAAAAUAAAAGAAAUUCGAGAUAUGCUUCACUCAGAUGUUUUUAUACUUUUUCAGUUAUCAUCAAUUAUCUUUUAAUAAAUUGUUUCAGACAAAAAUAUUCACGAAUAAAUUCUGCCAUGACGGAGUUCAGAGUACUGCUACUGGCGAUAUUCAUCCCAACUUCAAGGUGUGGGGAAACGUCUGUGGUCGCCUAUGAAGCGAAAACAUUGGUCAGCAGUUACUGCCCAGAGGUUACCAAUCCGAUGCUUCAAGAAGGGUUGGACUACGCUGCAAGAGUGUACCGUUACGACCUGAUCGGCCCCCAUGUAAUAGAGCUCACAAGUCUUCAGGCGCUUCUCUUGUCUCUCCUCAACUGUCUAUUAACUCAAGAUAGGGAAUCUUGCACAAUCCUGGCCGAAUGCUCUAAUCGCAUAGAGCAAUUGCGGUCGAGACACAUCGCGCUCUGGCUGAGGGAGGACUUCGAGUUCCCAGACAAAGACAUGGAACUGGCGAUGGUUCGCCUAGAUUUAUUGGUAGCUGAUGGAUCACUGGUCCUGAACUCAAAAGUCCUAAGAGUUUUCUCUUCCCUCGCUGAUAGCUAUGGGAUUACUCUGCAAUCGAAAAAAAAAAGUGGUGAUUUGGCGCUCGAGUUAGAAAAUGCUGUGGCUAGCAACAUCCCUUGUGAAAUUAUUGCACUAGCCAAUGAAGGAGGAAAUAUCAAUGGGUCGACUCAGUCCGGGGAAAGCUUAGUUCAUUUGGCCGUAAGGAGUGGAAGUAAGUCUUCUAUUGCUGUACUGGGGUAUCUGAAGGCAGAUCUUGACGUUCUCAACACUGUGGGUGCGACUCCUAUGGAAGAAGCUAUUAAAAUUAAUAGUGUUCCAUCUAUCAAGGCACUGAUAUUGGCUGGAGCUAAAAUUGAGAAGCGUUUGCUCAGAGGUAACUCUUACCUUCAUAUUGCGGCUACUUCUGGCAAGAAUGAAGCAUUGCGGACAUUACUUGAGGAAGGACUUGAACCCGAUGUUAGGAACAACCUGGGCGAUACUCCAUUGCAGCUAAGUGUCAAAGCAGGAAAUGUCAAGGGGAUGGAGAUCCUACUGGAAAGAUGUACUAAUAGCACUUCGAUACCAGAAGUAGUAAAAACUCUUCUGCAUAAGGCAGUUGUGUCAUCGAAUGUUGAUAUGUUGAAAGCAUUUAUAAAAUGUGUGACCCUGCCAGAACUCAGAUUCAAAAUUAAUGACACAUUAGUUCACUUGAUAGUUCGUUCCAAUAAUGCAACACAAAUGCUCAAAGUACUGAAAGGUAAAAGAAUGCCAGUAAACAUAAGGAACGCGGAUGGUCUUGCUCCUAUACAUAUAACUACUGAUCCAUCAGUUGUUGAGACACUGCUAGAGAUUGGGGCAGAUGUCAAUAUUACUACAGGAAAAGAAGAAACCGCUAUCAAUAUAGCUUCAGCCAAAGGAUAUCUGAAUAUUCUAAAAGUUCUAGUUAAACAUGGUGCGGGAGUCGACAUACAGAAUAACCAAGGUGAAACUGCUCUGAUGGCUGCUACAAAAUCAAAGACGAAUAUUUUAGUUAAGUUUUUAUUGAACAGCGGUGCAGAUCUAACACUCAAGGAUAAGAAAGGUCGGACAGCGCUACACUCCGCCUCUGAAGCAGGUUGCGUUGACUGCGCAUUAAUGUUGUUGGACACUGGAGCAAAAGUGAAUGAAAAGGACACUGAUAAAUUCACCUCUCUGCAUUAUGCAGCAGCAUAUGGGAAAUAUGAAGUGGUGAUUUUACUAUUGGAACGUGGAGCGGAUCUAUCAUCUAAAUCAAAAUUGGGCGUGACACCGUUAAUGGAAGCAUCUAAAGAAGGCCAUUUGGAUGUGGUGAAGCUUCUCACUGACCGAGGGGCGCCUAUAAGCGAAACAAAUCGGAAAGGAGAGACUGCAUUACAUUACGCAGCAGCAUACGGGAAAUAUAGAGUGGUCCCUUUACUAUUGAAUCGUGGAGCAGAUCUAUCAUCUAAGUCAGAAUUGGGCAUGACACCGCUCAUGGAAGCUUCUAAAGAAGGCCAUUUGGAUGUGGUGAAGCUUCUCACUGACCGAGGGGCGCCUAUAAGCGAAACAAAUCGGAAAGGAGAGACUGCAUUACAUUACGCAGCAGCAUACGGGAAAUAUAGAGUGGUGACUUUACUAUUGAAUCGUGGAGCAGAUCUAUCAUCUAAGUCAGAAUUGGGCAUGACACCGCUCAUGGAAGCUUCUAAAGAAGGCCAUUUGGAUGUGGUGAAGCUUCUCACUGACCGAGGGGCCCCUAUAAGCGAAAUGAAUCGGAAAGGAGAGACUGCAUUACAUUACGCAGCAGCAUGCGGGAAAUAUGGAGUGGUGAAUUUACUAUUGGAUCGUGGAGCAGAUCUAUCAUCUAAGUCAGAAUCGGGUAUGACACCGCUAAUGGAAGCAUCUAAAGAAGGCCAUAUGGAUGUUGGGAAGCUUCUCAUUGACCGAGGGGUGCCUAUAAGCGAAACAAAUCGGAAAGGAGAGACUGCAUUACAUUACGCAGCAGCAUACGGGAAAUAUAGAGUGGUGACUUUACUAUUGAAUCGUGGAGCAGAUCUAUCAUCUAAGUCAGAAUUGGGCAUGACACCGCUAAUGGAAGCUUCUAAAGAAGGCCAUUUGGAUGUGGUGAAGCUUCUCACUGACCGAGGGGCGGCUAUAAGCGAAACGAAUCGGAAAGGAGAGACUGCAUUACAUUACGCAGCAGCAUACGGGAAAUAUGGAGUGGUGAGUUUACUAUUGGAUCGUGGAGCAGAUCUAUCAUCUAAGUCAGAAUCGGGUAUGACACCGCUAAUGGAAGCAUCUAAAGAAGGCCAUAUGGAUGUUGGGAAGCUUCUCAUUGACCGAGGGGUGCCUAUAAGCGAAACAAAUCGGAAAGGAGAGACUGCAUUACAUUACGCAGCAGCAUACGGGAAAUAUAGAGUGGUGACUUUACUAUUGAAUCGUGGAGCAGAUCUAUCAUCUAAGUCAGAAUUGGGCAUGACACCGCUAAUGAAAGCUUCUAAAGAAGGCCAUUUGGAUGUGGUGAAGCUUCUCACUGACCGAGGGGCGGCUAUAAGCGAAACGAAUCGGAAAGGAGAGACUGCAUUACAUUACGCAGCAGCAUACGGGAAAUAUGGAGUGGUGAGUUUACUAUUGGAUCGUGGAGCAGAUCUAUCUUCUAAGUCAGAAUCGGGUAUGACACCGCUAAUGGAAGCAUCUAAAGAAGGCCAUAUGGAUGUUGGGAAGCUUCUCAUUGACCGAGGAGCUCCAAUCAAUGAUAAGAAUAAGAACGGAAGGACUGCCUUAAAGUUGGCCAAGGAGCAUGGAAAUAAGGUGUUAAUAGAUUACCUUCAAUUAAGAGGUGGGGUUGAAUAAAUUCCAAAUAGUGGAUGAACACCUUAACUGUUAAGUUAAUACAUUUUAUCUGACAACACUGCUCAGCUGUUAUACAUAAAGCAGAUUGCCUUGGGUGAGGUUAACCAGGGUAGUAAUCCUGUUCAUUAUAGAGUAUGUAGAAGAAUAUAGGUUUUUUGUGUGUUUGUGGUGUAAAAGCGUUUAACAAAGCCUCAUUUGUUUCUGAAGUGAUUUCCUAAUAUUACAUAAUGUAAUACAUAAAUGUACGAUAAAUUAAGUUUAAUAAUCUAUUGAAUGAAAUGUUUUCAGCUAGCAGCAAGCCUUAUAAAAGAACUGCUAGAUAAAGAGUGUGACCCUUCUUGGCAUGUCAUAGUCGGUGAAGGUUUGGGAUUUGACAUUUCUUUUGAAUGCAACACACUUUUAUAUCUAUUUUUGGUGGUAAUGUACAAAUAUGCAUAUGGAAGUGUUGAUAAUUAAAAAAAGUCUGAACAUCAGUAUAUGUUUUCAUAUGAUGUAGUCCUUAACGAAUAAAUCAUUUGAUAUUAAAUUAUAAAUACAUAUUCCCUAGAGAUCAGUUCAUUUUUAAACUUCAUAACAUUUUCCAUGAAUUUUGAUCAUAUUUUAUUCUCUUGUGUUGGAAAUUAAGGAUAACGAGAGCUGAAGAGUUGAAAACUGGCAAAUAAGAAAUAUCUCAGUGAAAAAUAUUAUUUACAACUUUAGCUACUUCAAUUGAAAGAAAAAUAGCUUAAAAUGGUCCUGAGAUCAAAAAUAAAUUUAGAAAGAUAGAAAUGAGAACCCAAUGUUUAUUAGAAGUGGGGGAAAAAGGUAAGAGCUUUAAUACCAGCGGAACUGGAGGAUGAAUUCGAUACAUCCAUAAGUUAUUAGAAGUGGAAUUUUUUUCCAACCAUCUAAGGGAGGGCGCUUCCCCUGCCAGAAUUCGCUAAAGCUGGUCACGAUUUUUUUUUUUUAUAUUACAUUAGGAAAUUCGUCUAUGAGGAUGAAUUUUCCCUAAAUUUCUCUUUUCUUUAAAUAUCUGCUUUUGGAAUUUUAUUCCAAUUUCCAGGGAGGGAAGUCCCGGCUGGAUCCGCUAUUGGCUGUUAUAAAGUGUUUUUUUUUUCAUUUAAAUGAGUUGUUUUUUGUAUUAUAAUAUUGCACUGUAUUCCUUUUUAUUAUUAUCAUUAUUAUUAUUAUAUUGCACUGUAUUUCUGAUUAUGUAAAUAAUAAAAACAAAGUUAUGUGAAUGUUUUAAUAUUUAAAAUAAAAUGUUUUUACAUUUUUUUAA